GCAAGGAUAAAUAUGUUUUUAAGAAAAUUAAUUGAGGUAUUCACAUUCAAUUGACGGCAAUAGAAACCUGCUGGCGAGGCCAAAAUUGUUGUUUCACGAGGCAAUUCAUCAUUGUGUUAGUUGGAGCUCGACACCGAGCCCAGCGAUCGGGCAGUAACACAUUUGAUGAUAAUGUUCCACUUUUAGUGUUGGAAUCACUUGUGUGCCUAGUAGACGUUCCGGAUUCUUUGCUGGUGUGCUCGUAAAUCCUCCAUCAUGAAUAAUUUGCGCAGAAUUCCAGUGAGACAGAUUUGCCAGAGGAUCGUUCAGAAUGGACGAAUGUACAGCGAAGGGACCUUCGAAAAAAUUCCCCCUCUCACUACCUUAACAGACGAUGAGCAAAUGAUGAAGGAUACAGUGGCCAAGUUUUCCCAGGAGAAGAUCCUUCCUCAUGUAAAGGCCAUGGAUGAGAACAAUCUCUUUGAACAGUCUAUCAUUGAUGAGCUUUUUGCUCAGGGACUUAUGGGCAUUGAGAUCCCGACGGAACUUGGAGGAAGUGGUUGUAACUUCAUGACUAACAUCAUUGUUGUAGAGGAGCUUUCCAAAGUAGAUCCAGCUGUUGCUGCGUACGUAGAUAUCCACAAUACUUUGGUCAACUCUCUACUGAUGAAAGUAGGCUCUCAGGCACAGAAAGAGAAAUAUUUGCCACUCUUGGCCCAAAAGUGUGCCGGAAGUUUUGCUUUGACAGAACCUACAUCCGGUUCAGAUGCCUUCGCACUGAAGACAACAGCUAAGAAAGAAGGAUCCCACUACAUCCUUAAUGGUACCAAAAUGUGGAUUUCAAAUUCUGACGUAGCAGGAGUAUUCCUCGUUUUUGCUAAUGCUAAUCCAUCUGCUGGUUACAAAGGUAUCACGACUUUCAUUGUGGAUGGCGACUCACCAGGACUCGUGGUGGCUAAGAAGGAGAAUAAACUUGGUAUCCGUGCUUCGGGUACUUGUGUCCUCAAUUUUGACAAUGUCAAAGUCCCCGAGGAGAACUUGCUGGGCGAGUUCGGAAAGGGAUAUCAGUAUGCAGCUGGCUUCCUCAAUGAGGGUCGCAUUGCAAUUGGAGCACAGAUGGUGGGCCUAGCCCAGGGCUGUGUCGACGCUACAAUUCCAUACUUAUUGGAACGUAAGCAAUUCGGUCAGGAUGUCUAUUCCUUCCAGAGUAUGCAGCACCAGAUUGCCAGGGUGCUCACUGAGAUCGAAUGCGCCAGAUUGCUGACGUACAAUGCAGCACGUCUACAGGAGGCUGGCAAGCCAUUCACCAAGGAGGCCGCCAUGGCAAAGUAUUAUUCAUCAGAGAUUGCCCAGACAGCCACUAUUAAAUGUAUCGACUGGAUGGGCGGCGUGGGAUUCACCAAGGACUUCCCACAGGAGAAAUUCUACAGAGACGUGAAAAUCGGAGCUAUUUAUGAGGGAACAACCAACAUGCAACUCAGCACAAUUGCUAAGUUCAUCCGCAAGGAAUAUGGCGGAUAAACAGUGGAGUAAUUCUAAUCCUGCCCACAGUUUCCCAAGUGAUAUUUACGCCUAAAGAUCGCAUGCCAUCCUGCAUUUAUUUUCUCUGAGCAAAUAUUUUGCAAUUAAAACAGGUGAUUUUCAACUAGAAA